UUCUCCCUUGCCCCUCUGAUUGAUUCUGAAUAUGAGUGCUUGGAUGGCUAAGCUAAUUGCAUCUGUAGGAUGCUGUAUUGGCAGGCUUACUGGGUUAGGUUGCUGAAUGUGUGAUUGUAGGAAAAACCAAUUUGUUGUGAUACACUCAUGGUUAGAACUUUAUAUACUUUCUAUAAAAGCAGGGAAAUCUUAAGCAAAAAAUAACUGCAACAAUGAAACAUACCAACGCAAAGUCCGAACCAAAUUAGUGCCACAUUGAAUAAUGAAUAAAUUAAUUACCGCGCUAACAUAAGCACACGGUUUUUACUCAGUCCUAUUGUUACUUGAUGCACCAAUGGGCAGUUUUACUGUUACUUGAUGCCACAAUUGACAAUUUUCCUAAAAUGUUGUCGCUACGUAAUUUCACACCUUAGUGGAUUGUUUUGGAAGGUAUGUUUGCAUUUGCCUCAGCUCGUUGGCUACCUCAAAUUACCCAGCUGAAUGGAUUCUUAAUUUGUUCCAAGAGUGUGCCUUCCAUUGUGCUUACUACGAGCAAUUUUUUCAAAGUCAUACUUAAAAUAGCGUUUCUUACCGAAAGUAAGAAUCUUGUGUAUAGCCAAAUGGCCAAAUAGAAAAAUAAAUUGUUCUUCAAAUGUAUAGACAAAGCCACAUGCACAUAGCUGAUACGCGUACACAUGUUCGGAAUGCAGUGGUUUUCUUUACCCAUCAAGCGUGCCAAUCCCUCAAUUGGCAGGGAAACUGAAAUUAGAUCUACCUGAAAGUGGGGCCGUGUGAUCUCAUUGGGCCCACGACGUAUGCCUGUCCUUCUCCUAUUUAUAAGGCGCGUCGAUCACUCUCUGCCCUCCUCUUCUCUUCACACUGUACGCCUCUCUCUCUCUCUCUCUCUCUCUCUCUCUCUCCCUCCCGCAGAUCACUCUCUCUCUCUCUCUACAUGUGAGAAACGAAGGAUCAGUUAUUCAUACCCAAGCCAUGGCAGAGAAGAUCUCCAUGAUAAUCGUCGUGGUUAACCUUGAUUGCCACAAGUGCUACAAUAAGAUCCGCAAGAUUCUAUGCCAGCUCCAAGACUGCGAGAGGAUCCAGAUGAUCUCCUUCGACGAUAAGAGCAAGACGAUCACCAUCGUCGGGCCGUUCGACCCGAUCAGGCUCGCCUGCAAGCUCCGGUGCAAGGGCGGCAAGGUGAUCAGGGACAUCCACAUCGUGGACAACGGAGCCGCCGCAGAGGAUGGCAGAGCGGCCACUGUCGCCGGAUCGGAGCCGGCGAAGAACGGCAGGCCGAAGCACGACGAUGAGCCGCUGCGGUCACCUAAUAAGCCGUCAAAGCCGCCGCGCCCGCCGUGUAGGCCGUGCGAGCAGGCGCCGGUGGAGUACGUGAUACCGACGGUGGAGAUCCCGUCGUUGCCGGCGCCGCCGGUGGGGCCGUGCGGGUGCCCCUGCUGCGCGCCGUGCCACCUGGGCUACUACGAGGGGUGCCGGUGCUGCUGCUGCGGCAGGUUGUACGCGCAGCCGCUGCGGGCGCCGGCGGGGUGCGGGUACAGGAGCUGCCGGACCUUCAGCGACGAGGACCCGACAGCGGCGUGCAGCAUCAUGUGAUGGUUUUCAGUGGAGUCUUGGUAGUAACAAGUUCUGCACAGUGGCCCAAUGUCUACGGGAGUUUUUCAGUGUUUUUUGCGUGGAUUAAAAUUGGGUUUUCAGUGGUUUUUGCACAGAUUGGUGGAUUAAUAUGAAAUGAGCAUGUUUAAAUGAUCUUGUGAGAUUGUUCAAAAAAAACUAUAUAUAGUUGAUUUUCUUAACGAAUGGCACACUUGACUGAACACUGAAAAUUGGUGUACACCUGGUGUGCCUAAUUGGUAGAGCUUGAGUUCUUUUAGAGAGGUGGAGUGCGGGCUCUCUUUGUAAAUUUUUUUUCCAGUUUUGUAGCCUCUUGGCUUUACUC